UGUAUAGAUCUGCAGAAGUCAGGAGAACGGUGAGAAAAUCUGAAAGCACUUUUUUUUUCUGACAGCAACUUCGAGGAAGUGUCCGAGGAGGAACGCCCGUCACCAACUUCCGGCACAAACUUGUAGCAGAGUUGAAGACUGAACAGGAAGCCCAAAGAGAGAGAGGCAUAGAAAGACACAAGAAACAAGAGAGAGAGAGAGACUGUUUGGGAGGAAGUGUGUGUGUGUGUGUGUGUGUGUGUGUGUGUGUGUGUGUGUGUGUGUGUGGGGAGACAUGACGGAGUUCUGGGUGUGCUUUAGUUGCUGCAUCGCCGAACAGCCUCAACCAAAGAGAAGAAGGCGGAUUGAUCGCUCGAUGAUCGGAGAGCCGACCAACUUUGUACACAUGACACACGUGGGAUCAGGAGAUAUGGGGAUGGGCCUCCCAGCGGUGAACUCGGUGCAGGCACAGAUGAAAUCUAAAGGCGGUUAUGGGAAUGGCACACCGGCGAGUGUGCAGUGAUCCACGUGGACACCAGUGUGUGUGACCUGCUGAACUGAAACAGUGAGGAAGAGGAACAACGCUGGAUUUAAACUUUUUAAAAAAUUUUUUUUAUAUAUAUAUAUAUAUAUCUAUACACACAGACACACACACACACACACACACACACACUGGAUCAGCGAGUCAGAGCACUGGUCUGUGAGACGCGUGUAUAUCUGCAUAAUCGCACUGUUAGACGCUUAAAGCUUUCUGAUCAGAGUGUAAACAUUCACGCCCACGCUCGCCACACCAACCAAUCAACAUCCGGCUUCCAUUAACCCUCCGCCCCGCCCCUCCCAUCCCCUCCCAUCCCCUCCCCACCCCACCCCCCUCAUGGACGCUUUAUUUAUUUGGUGAUUUGUCUCGCAGGUUAAAUAUGGUGGCUGGGCCACUGCGCAUCUGUCACACACACAUACACACACACACACACACAUGUUUAAAUGAUGAGCGAGCGUGAGCAGUAGCUUGAACACAGACACAAAUAGAGACGUAAAUAAUGAGCGUUUUUUUUUCAUGAUUUUAUAUCUUUUCAUAUAAAUUUAUGAAUAUAUAUAUAUAUUCCGUGGGAUGUGGAAUAUCAUUCUUUUAUUUUUUUAAAGCUUUUUAAAUGCGCCGUGUUGAAAUAAACUUGACAUGUGCAACCUCACUGUAAUGUCUUCCCACAGUGCUGUCCUUCGCCGCGUUAAACUGCGGGAGGAUUCUUGUACAGAUGUUUUCAUGCCCAAAUAAAUGAUGCCAAGCAGCAACCUGUCUGUUUUCUGUCUGGAUUAUUAAUUAAAAUGACAUGUACGCAGCACCUCUUGUUUAUUUUUGCACUGUUUGUACCCAUGGCCACACCUCUUUUUAUUUUUUUCUAUUGCUACACAUCCGAGCUUUAUGAGUUUGGCUGUUGGAAAUGAUUUAAUUAUAUAAUUUUACUGCAGCCGUUGUGCGUUCAUGAAUUGAAACAGGCUUACAUAGCAAAGACACUAGGCUUCUCUAAUACUAUAUUUAAAUGAUUUCACACAUUCAAGGGAGGAAAAACGGGUGUAGGUUCACACAUUUUUGCAUUUGCACCUUAUUUUCUAAA